UAUUUCUCCGCUGUUUUUGCCCUUCCAGGGACAGCCUGGUUUGUUAUUUGAUCCUGCAGAAGCAUUUGGAUGUUGGCUCACUCUGCGGUGUCCUGAGCUCUGCAAGGAGAUGGAGCCAAGGCAGGAGGAGAUGCUGAUGAAGAACCAGGAGUCGCACCCAGAAAGAAGGGAACAGAAGCCAUCUGGGGGGGAAGGUACACUCUCAGGGGAAAACAGUUUCCAGGAAGGAGGUGAUAGAUUAGGACAAGGGGACCCUCCAAGCCAAGAAACCGCAGAGGCCGUAAUACAGCUGCCAAAUAGUUUUGAAAGAGAAGGUCCUCCUGAGGAUGAAGCUUCAAAAGAACAAGGCCUGAGGCCCUCCUUAGAUUACUCAGGUUUAGACGAAGACGGAACUCCGAGUUCCCCAGGAAAAGAGAUGGUAAUAUUAAAAAGAGCAAUGAAGGAGGAGAUGUCGCCAGCUGGAGAGACGAGGUGUGAGGAUUCCCUGAUGGGGGAACUCUCUGAGAUGGUGCAGAAUAUCGUGAAGAAAAGCAGCUGGUGGGAGAGGCAUGGCAUUGAUGAUACUAUUAUUAUUGUGAACUUUCUCAGUCUCCCAGUAGGGUUCUUGCUUCUGAGUUCCUACAGUGUUUUUUCUUUCCUGUUGGGCAUUGUUAUCCUGGGUGUGGCACAUUACACAAUAACCGUGAAGGGGAGCCACCUGGCCAGCCACAAUUCUCUGGUGGAGUCCAAGUCGUGGGGGAAAGUAUUGGCCAUAUUCUUCUUAGAGGUUUGCUCAGCGUUCACAGCAGAACAGGGGUCCUAUAACCAUGUGAAGCUGCACCAUGCCUACACAAAUGUCAUUGGUCUGGGGGAUUCUAGUACAUGGAAGCUUCCUUUCCUGAACCGUUAUGUCUACAUGUUCAUUGCACCCAUAGCAUUACCUGUUCUCACUCCUUUAGUGGCAAUUGGCUUACUUAAAGAAGUUGGAUUGAAAACAGCCAUCCGGACCUUCUGCUGCAUCUUCCUUGGCCUAUACUCCCAUUACUGGCUCCUGCUCAAUAUCUCAGAGUUCCAGUCUGUAUGGUCUGCUCUCGCCUGUAUGCUGCUCACUCGAUCUUUACUUGCCCAUCCUUACAUCCAUGUUAACAUCUUCCAGCAUAUUGGCCUCCCAAUGUUCGCUCCUGAUAAGAAGCCAAAACGGAUUCACAUGAUGAGCUGUGGCGUUCUGAACUUGCCUCGAAAUGCGCUGUUGGACUGGACCUUUGGCCACUCACUCAUCAGCUGCCAUGUGGAGCAUCACCUUUUCCCAACACUUUCUGAUAACAUGUGCCUGAAGAUCAAGCCAGUUGUUUCUCAGUACUUAAAAGAAAAAAACCUGCCUUAUAAUGAGGAUGGUUAUCUGUCCCGCUUGAAGCUGUUCCUGAACAAAUAUGAAGAACUGAUGGUCCAUGCACCACCCAUUACGGAACUUGUUGGAAUUCAGUGAUGGCACCUUUGGGGUGCCAGCGAGGAUAGCCAUAAGGCAAGAACAUUUGUUCCCAGGAUCAAGGAAUUCAGAACCCAAUUUAGGACUUGAUCAAGUGAUUAAGGAGAAAUCCAGCAGGUCUUGAAUGUCUUCCAGUUGAACAACUGUAGAAACGACACAACUCUAAGAAACUCCAACUACUACACGAUGGGUCAAAGGGCAAAUUGGUAGCUCCAAUAUUAUAGCAUCAAGAGAGAAAUAUUUCAACAGCUUCUAUUUUUUUCCCACUGCUCUGUUUUAACUUUGCACGUCAACACGUUUGAUGUGUUCCUUCUGCUAUUUUGCAACCAUGGGGAGGAAAUUAUAAGGGCUGUUUCAUAUGUUAUGUUUCUGCAAGAUAAUUUCCAGAUAGGAAAAUACUUGUACAAUGCAAAAUAUAUAAAGAACUAUGUGGGGGGUUGGGGGCCUUUAUUUCCUCCAUGCAACAGCAGGGUAGGCUAUGGCUUACUGAUCUGAGAAUACAUAAUGGAGAAAGAAAAUGGCACUGUUUUUAUAGGAAUAUAUACACAUAGAGGUUAUUUUUGUGAGAGGAAAAAGCAAAAUAUGAUCAGGCUCUAAGUGAAUCCUGUGUGCACAGUAUAACUCAGGGAUUUCUUGACAAAUUAAACUAAAUCGUAUCAGUAAGUCAUGACUGGGACCACUGUGGAUGGUUUCUUUUCUGAUGAAUGCGUUCCAAUCUUUUCCAUGUAGAAAAUUUUGCCUUUCUGCAAAAGGAAAAUACAAAAGUUACAUAAGGCCAGGGACAUAUAAUCUUCAUUAAUGGUAGACUGUUAGACUGGCACUGCAAAGGAAGUCUCAAGCAAGGACUGCUGCUUGUCUGGAACUUGCUAUGGAGCUGUACAGGGGUUGGAACAGCGGAGAAUAAUUUAA